AAAGGACAAACACAAUCGGGUGACGAAAGUAGUCGUUUAUGUUAACUGGCAAGAAUACGAACAUUAUUUUUGGGCUUCAAAAAUUCAUAGCAAGAAGAGAGAGAUAGAGAGUUGAAGUUUAUUCUUUGAGGAUUGUGUCAUCGCGGCACCACCAUGGGGCUCAGCAAAAGUGGAACCCGCGCUUGGAUUGUUGUUGUCUGUGUCGUCUAUGUUUUGUCGUAUGCGACCGGGCAGAACUUGAAGAUUCAGCCCGUUGUUGAUGAACCACUCAUUAUGCCUGCGCCUAUGCCUCCUGCUCCCGCUCCACCUGUCGACAUCGACAACGAGGAAGCUGAGGAGAAAAUUGCGUUGGAGAAACAGGCAGAAAUAAGAAACCGAGCUUUUGGAGCAGGUUAUUUGGCCAUUGCUCCCAAAGUCAUGUGUGCCGGCGGUCACGAGAAAGUCUUCCUCACCUUUACCAACUUCACACAGCCAGUUGACGUCCAAUUUGCUGUUUUGGACAAGAAUGAUGAAUCUGUUGGCACUUCUAAACUUGAGACUUUCAGUACUCCAUGUGGCUGCUUGGAUGUUCAUCUUAAUCCCAGUGAUUCACCCCGGAAGACUGUCACCCUGGUCAUGUAUGCCAAGAGAACCCUCAUGCAAUGCGAGGAGUUUGAAAUCGUCAAGAAGAUCAAGGUAUACCUAGAUGCUUGCUACACUGAGACCUUUAUCGAGACAGACAAGCCGAUGUACAAGGCAGGCCAAAAUGUACAUUUCCGAGUUCUGACCUUGCAUCCUGACCUUCGACCCGACAUAAGUGAGGUGGAUAAGAUUUGGAUUGAGGCACCAGGAGGCGUUCAUAUGGCCCAGUGGUUAGGUGUCGAAACAAACCAGGGACUGAUCGAUGAGACGAUGAAACUAUCAACCAAUCCCACUCAAGGAGAGUGGACGAUUAAAGUUCUUCAUCAUAACAGAGAUUUCAGUCAGAAAUUUACGGUCGGGGAGUAUGUUUUACCCAAGUAUGAAGUGAUGGUACAAGGACCUGACUACGUUGUGGUGGAUGUUGAGCAGAUUAGUGUAGUAGUCUGCGGAAGGUAUACCCAUGGCCAGCCGGUGGUUGGUUCCAUUAUUUUGAAAGUUGGCGUACUUAACUACCCAGACAAGAGUGUGGAAACAUCAGCUGAGGCCAAAGCCGGAUGUUUCACGUUUGAGGUAGACAUGACUAAACUGGACUUGAUGUCAAGUAGUUAUAAUGUCUGGAACGCUAAACUACAUCUAGAAGCAACGUUUGAGGAGGCUUCAACAAAUCAUAUAAUGUUGAAAACGAGUGACUCAACUAAGAUUGUUAAUAAGCCUUUUCAUCUGGAGUUCUCUGCACCUUCAACGUUCAAGCCAGGACUUUCAUACUCUGGAGCGCUUUUGUUCACCGACCCUAGUGAUAAACCUCUCGCUGAUACUAAAUCAGAAAUCAAUAUAGAAGCAGACGGUGUGAGUAUCUUUAAGGAGACGGUCAUCAGUGAUGCCAAAGGAAUGGCUUUCUUCUCAGUCACGACAAUUCCUAGCGGUUCAAAGAGCGUCAAUCUUAAGGCUGUUUCAAAAGGCUAUUUCCGCCAGUCAACAUGGCAUCCAAAGAAUGGUGGAACUCACGGCAUUCAAGACCCCACUGCCUACGAUGUUGCACAGCCGCAAAUCUCACCGUCCAACAGCUUCCUUCACAUUGAUCCCGUUCUGGAGACGGCUGGUGUCAACAGUUUCCAGUCUCUCACCAUUCAUCUGACUAGUGAUAAACCAGAAUAUAAUGGAGUCUACUUGCACACUGUGAUGAUGUCUCGUGGAAAUAUUCUGCUUUCUGUUGAGUCCAUUAUUCCACCAGAGGACAUUGAUGGCUUCAGACGCCCAGGAACCCAAGGCGUUUACCCCGUAGAUACUGAUGAAUAUGGCAGGAAAGAGUAUCCUACUCGGACCAACAUGGAAGUAACAGACAUCCCAGUCAACAUUCUGAACAAGGGGCAGUCCAAGACGACGAGACGCAAGAUCCGAAUCUUAUAUGAGAUGGCACCCGCUGUUUCUGUCAUGGUUUAUUAUAUAAGGGACGAUGGAGAGGUCGUAGCGGAUACCAUUACCAUUCCCGUGGAGGAAGUGUUUCAGAAUGAGGUGGAUGUUUCAUUCGAUGAAAAGACAGCAGCACCUGGAGAUAGUGCUGUCUUGUCGGUCCGAGCCAAAGCAUCCUCUUUAUGUGCGUUCGGUGUCGUUGAUAAGAGUGUCCAUCUUUUGGGCGGUGACAACCGACUUACAAAAAAAAAGGUGUUUGAGGCACUUGAGGGGCUACAACUCUCAUCGGAGGGUGGCUCUGCGGAACCUUCAAGAUGUAGCAGCGGAGGGGGAAUGUUUAGAGGUUAUAUGCCACCCCAAAAUCUCAACGACGCCUCUCAGGCUUUUAAAGAUUUAGGUGUUGUGUAUCUGACCAACCUCAAAGUAGACACUGCACCCUGUCCUGAGGUUAACCCGUACAUGUAUUUUAGAGGGGAAGUUCAAAAUGAUGGUGGUGACAUGAUGAUGGCGAUGCCAAUGAUGAUGAUGGCGGUGAUGGAGGACUCUGCAAUAGAAGGGGCUGUUAUGAAAGGAGCUGAAAGUGAUGCUGCUGGGCCGACUAUCAGAUCCUACUUUCCAGAGACUUGGUUGUAUCAACUUGUUGAAAUUGACGAUAGCGGCCACAAGGACAUCAAUGUACAUGUUCCACACACCAUCACGAAGUGGAUUGGCCAUGGAUUCUGUACCUCCACCAAGUACGGGGCUGGAGUGUCUGAUUUGACCAGCAUCACAGCCUUCCAAGCGUUCUUCAUUGAUAUGAGAUUACCUUACUCCGUUAUUCGCUAUGAGCUUGUGCCAGUCACUGUUGUAGUAUUCAACUACAUAACCGAAUGUCUAAUGGUUGAGCUAACUUUAGAAGCGUCAAGUAGCUACGAGAUUGACGAUCAGAAUCGAGUAGAGAAGCUUUGUGUAUGUGCUGGCGAGUCUCAAUCGGUAUCAUUCUACGUCAAGGCUAUCGAACUUGGAGAUAUUCCCAUUCAAGUGGCAGCUGUUUCCGUAGAGGCAUCUGGUGCUUGUAUAGGACGAGAAAUGGAUGACUCUCUGCUUGGAGUUUCUGAUACAGUCUUAAAGAAGUUACUAGUCAAGCCUGAGGGUAUAGAAACUGAACAAGUUUUCAGCACAUUCUUCUGUCCUGUCGACUACGAGAACGGCGUCUAUAUUGAGGAUAUUAUUCUGAAAGAUCUACCUGAGAACUUUGUGUCUGGCUCUGAAAGAGGAAUCAUCACUCUCACAGGUGAUAUGAUGGGUCCUUCAAUCAGCAACCUGGAUCAGCUUCUGCGUAUGCCAACUGGAUGCGGUGAACAAAAUAUGAUCGGUUUCGUUCCCAACAUCUUUGUCUUGCACUAUCUUACAGGGAUCAACAAGCUCACACCAGGCGUAGAAGCUAAAGCAAAGCAACACAUGGAGAUUGGCUACCAGCGAGAGUUAACGUACCAACACACCGAUGGUUCCUACUCAGCUUUUGGAAUGAGUGACCCGUCCGGAAGUACGUGGCUGACGGCGUUUGUCGUACGGUCAUUUGCGCAGGCGUCCAAGUAUAUCUUUAUUGAUCCCGAGGAGUUGGCAAAGAGUAAAGUUUGGUUGUUGAGUCUUCAACAGAAGGAUGGAUGUUUUAAAUCUGUGGGCAAGGUCAUCCAUAAGGAUAUGAUGGGGAAUGUUAACGACCAAGCAACACUCACUGCUUAUGUUAUGAUAUCACUCAUUGAAGCAGGAGACGCAAGUGAGGCUGAACAUAUCCAAAAAGGUGUGCAGUGUCUGAACAAGGAAGUGGACAUCCAAACGGCAGACAUGUACACAUUGGCUUUAUCAUCGUAUGCUUACAUCUUGGCUGGGAGUCCUCACACAGAUACUCUAUUGGAAAGACUGAAUGAGCUUGCAGUGGAAUCUGAAGGCUUGAUGCAUUGGGAAGGAGCGGAGGUUCUCAACACAGACAAACGAUCCCCAUAUCUCCAUCGUCAAGCGUCGUCCCAGAACAUUGAGAUUACAUCUUACGUGCUUCUCACCUACGUCAGGUCUUAUGACAAAUCGCAAGCUCUAGUCAAGGGCAACCCCGUGGCUCGCUGGAUUGUCGGGCAACGUAAUGCUGAGGGAGGGUUCUCUUCCACUCAGGACACAGUGAUGGCCUUACAAGCUUUGGCUGACUACAGCAUGAUGGCGUACUCAGGUGGUAACCUAGACAUAUCAUUAGGGAUUAAGUUCUCUUGCGAUGAUGACAUAAGAAAACUUCACGUCACCGAAGAAAACAGUCUUCUUCUACAGAUUGAGCAGAUACCGGAGGUUCCAGUAGAAAUCAAGAUGACUGCUACAGGUUCCGGCUGUGCCUUGACUCAGGUGAUAGUGACGUAUAACAUCAUACCUGAGGUGUCAGCUGAACCGCCAUUUACCAUCGAUAUCUCUUCAGUCGAUAAUCGUAAUCCUAGACAGUUUCCAUGUAUUUCAUACAGCAUGACCAUCUGUGCACAAUACAAUGGUGAAGAUGAAUUUUCCAAUAUGGCAGUCAUACAAGUGCGCAUGGUGUCUGGGUUUGAACCGGAAUCAAACAGUCUGCAAGCACUGGAACAAGAGGAAGGAGGUCCGAAGAUGGUCGAACACGAAGGAAAGGAAGUUAACUUCUACUAUGAUCAGCUUGAGAAAGAGGACACCUGUGUCAGUUUCAUGGUGACUCGAGAAAAAUUUGUCAAGGAGCCAAGGAAGGGUAUCGUAACUGUCUUCGACUACUAUGAAAAGAGUCUUUCCGUGUCUGAACUGUACGACCUCGAGUGUAAACGAUAGGGCGGAUUCAUUGAAAAAGUGCUGGAUGGGAAAACCAGUGCCUAAUCGGUUCCCUUCAGCGCUGAGCAUGAGCAUGCUCCACAUUUGAGCCCAAUUUCAUAGAGAUGCUUAAGCACAAAAAGAAGCUAAGCACGAACAAAACUAUGCUUAUAAGAUUACCAGUCAAACUAUCACGUCACAUGUACAAACUUUGACUGGUACUUUGCUCAUUUCUGCUUUGCAAAAAAUGUUCAAGCUUUUUUAUGAUAAUAAGCAGUUUUAUGAAGUUUGGCCCUGUUGUUAAUUAAGCUCAUAAUCUGUAACUGAUUUGCAUAGAAUUAAAAUUAUUUAAAGUGUAGAUUUUGCCCCUGCAUUUAAUUAUAGAAUACCGAUCCUUCGUUCAACGGAACAAAAUUCCUGGUUCCAGUACUGCACAGUCCCGUCUAAAUUAUUCAACAUUUAACAAACAAAUAUUCCUUGGUAAUAUUAAUAAAGAAAUAAUAAACAAGAACCUACCUUGGUAAUAUUAAUAAAGAAAUAAUAAAUAAGAACCUAUUAUUGUUGUUGUUAUUAUUGUCAUUAAUAAUGUUUGAACGCAAGUAUAAUUAAAGUUAUAGUUUAAGCAAAUUUGAUUAAGGGGAGUAAAGGUAUACUGGUACAAUUUAAUUCCGCAAAUCCUUAUCCUUAAGACUUAUUCCUUUAUAAUUCUAAAACUUACAAAAGAAUUCACGCCCUAAUCUUAACUUGAUUGUAGUAAGUGGUAAAUGUGAGGAGUAUGUAGUUAAUAUUAUUCAGUUAACAAAUUCCUGGUGGAUUCUGAAAUAAAUUAAUAUUUAGUUAAAGUGCAAACCAUUUGACCAUUACAAUUCAAAUUUUGGUGUUAAUCACAUUUGUUAGUAAUCGACAUAUCUUAAAAAAAUGAGUAAUGACAUAUCUUAGACAUACGUUAAAUACAAGGGGCCAUACAGACUUAUUAAUGUUAAUAAAACUCAGAAUAAAACUCAGAAUGAUGGUUCAAAAGAAGUAACUAAAAAACGAAUUUGAGGGAAAAAAUUCAACAACUUGAUACAUUGAUUUUGUCAUACAACUGCGACAAAGGAAAGUUGUUAUCAGCUCAAGUUGUCCAUGAUAACUCAAAAGUCCAAUACACAAUUAGUGCAAUGCCUUAAAAUAAUUUUUUUUUAAAAGUAUUGUCAGCUAUAUUGUUCGAAUAAACUAUUCUUGGUAUAUGGGUAA